AUGAAUUUAAUUACUCUAAAUUUCAAAGUUUCAUAAAUGAAAAAAUAGUUUAGAGAAUCAAAACAAAAAUUACUUACAAAUAUCCUUAUAUAUUUUAAGUGUGAAUCUUUGGCCUUAUUAAUUUUGUUUCGAUUUUACAUUGUUUGA